CACCACAAAAAAAAACCACACCAAGCAACGGCCAUGUUCGCCGACGAGCAGCUCGAGGCCGUGGCGCUGGAGUCGCGGUGGAGGGAAGCGCCUCAGCUGCGUGACGCAGUUUGCCAGACGGCGGCGGUCCGGCGCGCCGAGGCCUCGGUGCAGGUACGGCGCGUCGCGGAGGUCAGCACGCAGACCGAACAGGUCGAACGGCGACAGCAGGAGGAGGGGGAGGAGCAGCCGCCGCCGCCGCCGCCGCAGCAGUGGCCCUCCGGUCCGAGCCCGCUCGGCUCGGCGGCCAUCGACCCGCCGGGUCUGGCCCGCUUUCUCAUGCGGGUGGAGGGCCUCGUGAUCAAAGAGUUAAAUAAAAAUGUCCGGAGCCACGCUUUCGACGGCUUUGAAGUCAACUGGGUCGACCACCCUCGAACUGUUUCGUGCUUACACACACUCCAAUAUCCAGAAGCUGUGGAGAGGCAGCUACAGGUUACUGACAUCUCGUGGAAUGUGACUGGCUCCGUCAUCGCCUGUGCAUACGGCAGGCUGGAUGAUGGAGACUGGAGCACCGAGAAAUCCUAUGUGUGUACAUGGAAUCUGGACAGGAGAGGACUCAACCCAAAGCUGCCAAAUAUUGUGAUUGACGUUGCUGGUGCUGUCAUGUGCUUAGCAUUUCAUCCAGUGGAACCUUGUUUGAUCGCUGGUAGUCUAUAUAAUGGAGAGAUUUUAGUUUGGAACACCAGCAAAAUGGACGACCCAUUAAUUGCCAGAUCAGGAAUGUCUGAAGAUACCCAUCGCGAACCUGUCUAUCAGGUGCGAUGGAUUCCGAGCUCGGGCCGCAACAAUCGGGUGCGUGUCCUGAGUGCCAGCACCGACGGGAAGAUUCUGAUCUGGCAGAUGGAUGCGCGAGGCAGGCUCACGGUGCAGGACGGAUACGCUCUGAUUGUCCAGGAGAUGCCACGAAACGUGAAGCUAAACAAGGCUCGCGGAGAGACUCCAGUUGGUGUGACCGCUCUCUCUUUCUCUCACUGGGACCAGACCGUAUUCGUAGCAGGUGUAGAAGGUGGUUACGUGUUGAAAUGUUCGACAGAGGUAGUGACCCAUACAGCACUGAGUUCUCUCACCAGUUCUGUCCCACUUAAAGCUCCAGCUCAGUUCACCUUCUCCCCUCACUGUGGUCCUGUGCACGCUGUUGAUUGCUCACCAUUCCACAGAAACCUUUUUCUGACAGCGGGGACUGAUGGUCACGUCCACCUUUACUCCAUGUUACAGGCCGAGCCACUUCUCUCCCUCCAGUUAUCCCAAACGUACCUGUUCAGUGUCCGCUGGUCAUUGGUGCGUCCUCUGGUCUUUGCUGCAGUGACAGGGGAGGGAACGGUGUUGAUUUUCGACCUUGGACAGAGCUCUCUGCGUCCUGCAGUUUCAAUCCAGGGUGCCGAGAGGAAGCCAAUGUACUGUUUGGAGUUUAACCCUAAACAACCCCAGCUUCUUGCCGCCGGUAACGCAGAAGGAAGUGUGAAAAUCUGGCAGUUGAGUGCGGAACUGACAGAGCAAGGCCCAAGGGAAAUGAUCCUGCUGGAGAAACUGGCUAAUGAAGUGGCUGAUUGACAGUAAGGACAGGAAAGAUUUGAUGGAUGAAUUAACUAAUGUAAAUUUCAUUUUUUUUUGUUCUAUGUUCUACACGACUGGCUUUGUUUUAUUUAUAUGUAUAUUUAAAUAUUAAUUGCCGAAUAUAAAGAUCAGUUCUUUAAA